GUGUGGUAUGAUGUACCCAGAAUUCUUUUGUCAACGAGUCCUACCUACGUACUACCCUCUGGAAAAAGUGUACCUCUCAGAGCCACCUCUGGUAGACAUCAACAGUGUCACCAAUGAAAGCAUGUCAGUGGUUUCAGCUUUCAAUUCAAGUUCAGAGUUUAAAGUCGGUGAUAUUGUAGCGUUCAAGAUAGAAGUAAAGGACAGCAGAGGGAGUCGGAAACUGAAGGGAGGAGAUCACAUUAGGGCAUGGUUAGUGGAUGAAUCUACCCAAUCAAGAAUGGCUGCCAAAGUCACCGAUUUCAAUAAUGGAACUUAUAUGGCUAGUGCACCUCUUCUGUUCCAAGGGAAGCUAAGACUGUAUGCAGCACUUGCAUACUCCAGAGAGUAUAUCAGAGCGCUGCUGUACACCCACCAAGUGAUCAAAUCAUACCGCCAUAUUGCUGCUUUGUUUUCAAACACACGUGUAAGUU